GCCAAGGAUAGUUUUGACGUUCACCCACAACAAAUAAAACAUGAGUGUAAUACUCAACUAGGUAUAGUUAUAUAUAGAAAUGUCUAAACUUAUUAGAGAUCAACAAAUAGAUUUAAAAUUAAAUGGAGACAAAGUUAAUAUACAAGCCAGAUACAAAAGUAGCUACAAUAAUACGGCAAGUUCCAAAUCUUUGUCAUUAGCUAAGAGGUUUUUGAGACCUGCUUCGACUAUUCCUUCUUUAAAUUUGGAGGAGAGAACAAAUUCUGAUAAUGAAACGAUAUCUGCGAAUCGUCCUGCUUCUGCUGGAUAUAUCCCAAAAAGAUCCCAUUAUUUCCAUAAAUGUUAUCUAAAUAGCCUUGAAGAUGGUACAGAAGAUUUCGAAGAUGACAUACUUCCAUCAUCUUUUAUUUUACAAGACAUGUUGAAUGUGCCAGCGAACUGUUGGAAAAUGGAAACACAAAAACAGUUAGAUUGUCUUGAUAAUAGUGACCUGGAAUUAGUGCAAUUGAACUCAAAAAGCAAGGCAAAUAUAGUCGAAGAGCAGUUUUCUGUUUCUUCUGUAGAAAACGAAAUUAAGAAAAUGCUUGAUAAAAACAAAAUUGAAAAGAAAAUAUUCAGUGAUUUCAACGAUAAUUAUAGCUUAUCCCCUGGUUUAACUUCCAAACCACCGCUUCCGAAACGACCAGAUAGUGGACAAAAAAGUUUUUCUGAUUGGAGAACGAGAAACGAUAGUGAAAGAGAUAUGGAUGCCAUCAGCGCAUAUCUAACUCUCAAGUACGAAACAGAAAUGUCCAAAACCUCAAAAGACAAUAUUCAGUCUUCCCCUACCAACGACUUAAAGAUAGAAAAUGACUAUUUUGAAAAAUUGUCUUUGAAGAAAAAGUGGCAGAAAUUGACAAAUGCAGAAGAAGUUCUAAUUCUAAAAGAAGAUAUACUGGCAAGUAAUAAUAAACGAUAUAAUAAUGAAAUUAAUGCUUCUAAUGAAGGAGAACUUGUUCCAAAUCUUCCAAUUAUUAUAAUUUCGAAAGAGGUAGACGUUUUACAAAAUGAAUACCAAACAGAUAAAUACCUCCAACAAUUAAAAAAAAGUCACGAACUUCUGGAAAGGAACAUGACAGACAGCUCAAAAAUAGUAGAAAAAUGUAUAUCACCAUGGUCGAAUAAUAAUAUUAUUCCUGACAUAUCAGAUAUAGAUCUAGACAAGCUGCUCGACGAGAAAUGUUACUCUCUAAAUAGAAAUGAUCAUAAUUUCAAAAAUGAUGAAAAGUUUGCAAAGAAUUCCCUCAAAGUGCUUAACAAGGAAAUAAUGCCUAAACCCGUUGAACUGACUGAAAGUAAACUAAUUUCAAAAGACAAAUAUAUAAAUCAAAAGCAGCAAGAAAGCGGUAUAGUAUAUUAUUUCCAUUAUUAUAUAAUUUAA